AUGUCUUUGGUCUCUCUUCCACCAGAGCUCCGCAGUAUUUGCAGGAGGCUCACCACCGCCAAGACUGAACAGCUCCCGAGCCUGCUUCCUUCCUUGCUGAAGGAUCUUCAACGUUGCCAGCAACCUCUGUCUGAGCCGCAGGACGCCAAGACCACAUCGUCCUCGUCUGAAGCUGCCGUCCUGGUGCACAAGCUCCGAACCCACAUCGGCACAUUGCUGAAUGGCCGGAGUCUGGAGGGCCGUUUUACUGCUGUCGCCUUGAUCAAGACCUACAUUGAAGUGGGAGGAUGGGAAACCUUGCGUGUCUCUGAGCCCUGGGUGAGAGGUCUUGUGUCGAUCCUCCAGAAACGGGACCCCAUAGCAGUCAAGGAACUAUGUGCCAUUGUACUUGUUAGGAUAUUCACACUUGCGCACAAGUUUCAAACCUUGAUACGCGAGAUUGUCACGCCUUUCCUCCCAGCUUUUGCCACUGCCUGCCUACAGAUUGUGAAGCCCGCCAGCACAAGUAAAGCAGCUGUCAAAAUUCCCUUGAGUUUUACUGAGACCGUCAUUGAGGCAUUCUCCGUGCUGAUUCCUCUCUACCCAACGACGCUGCGUCCUUCCGUCGCACAAAUACGUUCCGUCACAAGGCCAUUCAUUGCCCCAACGAGCUCAGACGAUGAACUCGUCCCCUCAAGUCUACAAAGCAGCAGCCGAAAGCUACUUGCUAGGCUACAUAUGACAGCAGCCAAGAAUGGCGGUGCGGAUGAGUGGGCCAAGCAUUUCCAAGGCCUUAUCAAAGAGUUUCACGAGACCGCCGACCAAGUCUUUCGAGCUGUGCUUGAGAACUGGGAGUCCACUACAGGACACAACAAGCAGGCGCCCAACUUCGAUGCCGAGCCUGGCAAUGACAGUCCAUCUGCAGAGCAGCUACCCCAAUGGUCAGGCAUACUAGCUGGCAGCGAGCGCAUGAUGGGUCUACUUGCUAGCUUGGCCGAUUGUCUCCGUUGCCCUACGAAAGUCGCCGUCACCAUUCCAAUCAGUGCUGCCACGGAUAUGAUUGCGCGUGUGUCGCUGAUUAUUCCUCCCGUCGCUGGGAAAGAUAAGAGCGAGUAUACUCAGCUAAAUCCGGCUGCCGGCAGAGAAGAAAAGGAUGAUUUGUGGGCAGUCUUACCUGAUGUCCAAGUCGCCAUUCUGCAAUUCGCUCGAGUCCUCGCCCAGCGAUUGGGAAGAAACUUUAUUCCUCUGGCCCAAGACACCUUGGACCAAGUUGUCCGCAUGAUGGACUCGAGCUAUCGCCUGCCCGAAGUCCGCAGCAUAGCUUUUGCUUUGAUCACUGAUCUGCUCCAGCUGAGCGGCCCAACGCGAUCCAAGCCGCAAGUCGAUGCGCUACAGCUUGUCACCAUGACAUGCUGCCGUGACUUGCUCGGCGCUGGGGGUCACCUCAAGGCGCCAAAGCAGCAGACCUCCACGACCGGGCAGAACGGAGCGAAAUCCAGAACCGCUUCGCAAAACGCCGAUGCCUUUCUCAAGUCCAACGCCGAAGAUGAGACCGUUUCCGUGUCCUUUGACGCAGAGCACGUGGCCGCUGCAGAAAGACUGCUCACGGCCUUGUUCAGCCAUCUGCCCCAGCAACACAUCAAUCCUGACCUGCGGUCUCGCAUGCUCCGGACUGCGAUCCUGUGCCAAAUCAAGGACGCCCAAGUUGCCAGCAUCCUCAACCCCGCCAAGGACAAGAACGGCAGGACAGCCCAGGUCAUCCUCCCCUACCUCCACCAGCAAUUCCCCUACGACGAGGCCGUCGAGAUUCUCCGCUUCAACUUUCGUCCUAUUGCCGGUGGCGCCAGGGGGGGCGAUGCCCUGGACGCUGGUAAUGAUGAUGAUGACAUGGAGAUUGACUCGGAAGUGCCAGUGGAGAAACCCGCCGACGGCUUCACCUUUGACCGCCCCUUCCAGGUGACUUCGACCGCCUCGGUGACACAGACAGCCACCAUGUCGGAACCCGUAGUCGCCCGGACGGCCCCCUCGGCGCCCGCCAUUGCCGCCGAGAUUCAGCCCAGCCCCUUCCUGCCGCAGCCGCUCGUCCCGGCAGUCGUGUCGCCGCUGGCCGCCGCCAGCAGCACCGUGCCCCUCAAGCGCAAGAGCGAAGAGGCCGAGGCCCUACUCGCUUCGAAACGUGUGGAUAUAGCUGCCGCCGACACCCCCGACCCCGGGUUCGGGACCAUGGGCGCCCUGGUCGAGGACACGCUGGCCAAGUCGGCUCCUGCUGGUGCUGGGCAGUUGACGGCGGCAGACGGUAAAGACGACGACGAUGAUAGCGAUGACGAAAGUGUUCAUUUGAACAUGGAUUUAGAUUCUGAAGGAGAUGAAGAUGAAGAGUAA